AUGUCUAAAGCAUAUGAUCGUAUUGAAUGGGAUUUUUUGGAUGAGGUGCUGAAAAAAUUUGGUUUUGCGGUUGACUGGUGCAACAGGGUUAUGGAUUGUGUCCGUUCUGUGACCUUCUCAGUUCUUAUUAAUGGUCGACCUUCGGAGGAAUUCUCUCCUAACAGAGGUCUCAGACAAGGGGACCCCCUAUCGCCAUAUUUGUUCAUCUUGUGUGCUGAAGUGUUCUCCCAUUUGCUUAGGAAAGCGGAGGAGAAUAAUUCUCUGAGAGAGGCUAUUCAGGAAGCCCUACGGGUGUAUGAGUUAUCCUCGGGUCAAAAGGUAAAUUUUGAUAAAACAACUCUUUCGUUCAGCAAGGGCGUCAGAGAUUCAAGGAGGGGUGAAAUUGAGCAGAAAUUGGGUGUUAGAGUGGUUGAGGUGCAUGAUAGAUACCUUGGCUUACCUACUACAGUUGGCCGUUCGAAAAAAGUCAUUACAAAAGGUGUCAAAGAAAAAUUAUGGAAAAAGCUUCAAGGGUGGAAGGGGAUGAUUCUUUCAAAAGCUGGUAGGGAGGUUAUGAUAAAGGCAGUGGCCCAAUCUCUUCCUACCUACGCGAUGAGUGUGUUUAAGUUUCCCUCUUCUUUUUGUGAUGAGAUACGAUCUUUGAUAGCUCAAUUCUGGUGGGGGCAAAAAAAUGGUGAAAGGAAGAUCCACUGGGUUGCUUGGAAGAAACUAUGUAAAUCAAAAGGGGAAGGUGGUUUGGGAUUCCGAGAUAUGAAACUGUUCAACUGGGCUCUAUUGGGAAAACAGGCAUGGCGUCUUGCGACUCAUAAGGGGAGUUUGAUUGAACAAGUUCUAAAGGCGAAGUAUUAUCCCCAUUCCUCUUUUAUGGAUGCUGAGCUGGGGUCGAAUCCGAGUUAUACUUGGCGUGGUAUUUGGGAAGCGAGGUGGGUGUUGAGAAGAGGAGUUAGGUGGAGGGUUGGUGAUGGUGAAAAAAUCCGAGUUUGGCAUGAUGAAUGGAUUCCAGGUACGCAGUCUCGCAAAAUUAUUUCUCCGCGAGGGAAUUCGAAUCCUAAUACUAUGGUGGGGGAUUUAAUUCAUCCUAUUUAUAAGAAUUGGAAUAGAAGUUUAUUAUCACAACUUUUUCUACCUUUUGAGGUGGAACGAGUAAUGAGUAUCCCUAUAAGUUCCCGUCUUCCGGAGGAUGUUAUGUGUUGGGACCUUGAAAAGGAUGGAGUGUAUUCGGAGGUUUGGAGACUUAGUGAUUUCGACAUUAGGGAGCGAGACGUGGGCAGGUAUGUGGGUGACUGGUGGGAAGGUUGUUUCGAAAAGUCGGAAGGGGAGGCGAUGUGCGAGUUGGUGACUCUAUCUUGGGCGCUUUGGGGGGCUAGAUGCAAGAUGUUAAUGGAAGGUGAGGGGGGCUAUCCUAUGGCCACAUGGCAAUAUGCACAGAAGAUAUGUAAAGAAGCCUUGGAAAUUAGCCAAACUCGCCACAAGGGAGGAGCUGCUGCUGCCCCCCACGCAACUGAAUGGGCCAAGCCCAGCGCUGGAACCGUGAAGCUCAAUAUUGAUGCGGGCCAAAUUGGGGUUGGUGGGUGCGGGUUAGGUGCGGUGUUCCGUGAUGAGAAGGGUGAUGUACUAGCUGCUGGUGCGUUUCAAUUCGAGGUCGCUUGGGAGCCGCGUGUAGCGGAAGCAAAGGCGAUUUAUCAUGGUCUCAAACUGGCGAAGGAGUUAGGCUACCGUCACUUGGAGGUGGAGAGUGAUAGCCUUCUAGCGAUACAAGCUUUAAGAAAGGGUAGAGGGGGAUCUAGUGAGUUUCAUUUAAUUAUAGAUGACAUUUUAGAUUUGGUUGUUUGUUUUGAUUUUGUUGUUUGGUCUUUUGUGAAACGUUCCGGUAAUAAUGUUGCUCAUAUGUUGGCUCAUCUCCAACUUGGGAGAUUGGCAAACGUUUUGGGUGGAUGA